UUUCUAUUUAACACAUGCUCACAAUUCGAUUUCUUCAAGGUCAACCGGUCGGAAAUACUUCCCAAAGUACUCGUUUCUGCCCAUUGUUCCCUUCUUAAACUACUAUGUCAUCAACAUUGGAUCAUUUGAAAAAACAUACUAUUAUUGUAGCGGACACUGGAGAUUUUAAUUCUAUUAAAAAGUAUUUACCAAUUGAUUCAACAACAAAUCCAUCUCUAAUAUUAUCUGCAUGCAAAUUACCACAAUAUUCACACUUGUUAGAUUCUGCUAUUCAAUAUGCUAAAAAAGAAAGACAGACAUUAAAUGAACAAAUUGAAUUAGCACUAGAAAGAAUAUUUGUAUUAUUCGGUUGUGAAAUAUUGAAAAUUGUACCAGGACGUGUAUCUACUGAAGUGGAUGCUCGUUAUUCAUUCAAUGUACAAAAGCAAAUAGAAAUAGCAUGUCGUCUCAUUUCAAUGUAUGAAGAAUUAGGAUUUUCUAAAGAACGUAUACUUAUUAAAUUAAGUUCUACAUGGGAAGGUAUAAAAGCUGCAAAAAUAUUAGAAUCACAAUAUGGUAUUCAUUGUAAUUUAACAUUAAUGUUUUCAUUUUAUCAGGCUAUAGCUUGUGCUCAAGCUAAUGUUACAUUAAUUUCACCAUUUGUUGGACGUGUACUAGAUUGGUAUAUAACUAAAUAUGGUAAAAAAGAAUAUACUAGACAUAAUGAUCCUGGUGUUAAUUUGGUUACUCGUAUUUAUAAUUACUAUAAAUUUCAUGGUUAUAAAACACAGAUAAUGGGUGCUUCAUUUAGAAAUGUUGAACAAAUCCUUGGUUUAGUUGGAUGUGAUUUGUUAACAAUAUCACCUAGUCUUUUAGAAGAAUUAAGUAAAAUGUCAGAAGUGCCCAGUUUAUGCUUGACUGUAGAAAAAGCUCAAACAUCUUAUGAUCAUUCUUAUCAAUCAGAUGAAUUAUUAACAGAAGAAGAAUUUCGUUGGCAAAUGAAUGAAGAUGAAAUGGCUAAUGAUAAAUUAACUGAUGGUAUAAGACGUUUUACUAAUGAUGCAUUAAUAUUAAAAGAUUUAAUUAAAACACGUAUGGAACAACAAUAAUAAUAAUAAUAAUCAUAGAGAUAAUAAUCUAAUAAUAGAUCAUAGAUGAAUUCAAUUCAAUUCUAAUGUAUUCUAUACGUGAUCAUUUUCAAUCCGGCUUACUUAACAUUCAUUUAAAUGAGAAAUCAUUUAUAUCUUUUCAAUUCAAUAUACAUUGAUCAGCAUGAUUUACGCAUAUUAGUAUUAAGUAUUUUGAUUAAAAUUCAUUUAUUUCCAAUGAUUACAUUCUUAUUUAUUAUGUAACAUUGUUAUGAAAUGGAUUUAAGUUUAAGUUAUUUCAAUAGUUGAUAUUAUGAAUCAAUUGAAGUGAGACUACCAUGGAAAACUUGGAAACACUGGAUGUCCGUCCUCAGUGGCAAUACGCAUCCGCUAUCCCGCCACGUGAGAUUCGAACCCAGAACCUAUCAGUCUCGCGUGCUAGCGCUUAACCACUGAGCUGAAAUCCAAAUGUGUUAAUGUCUGACUCCAACUAAUCCACGAAAUUGAGCGACACAUUUAUUUAUUUGAACACAUAGGUAUUGGUACAAGGGGAACCGAACACAUUUGCGCCGCACAAGUCACCUGAUUUGUGUAUGAGGUGUGAUACUAGCCGGGUGCCCCAACCGAAUCAGGUGGGUUUCUUAAUCGGCCACACUCGCAGCAUUCGACC